AUGACGCUUGAGUAUCAAAGCGAGGGCGUUUGGCUUCGUACUCAGGUGGUUGGUUUCUGUGCUCAAUUCAUCGACAUGGUGAAAUUUGCUACCUUUCUCACAAAAUUGUCCAAUAUUGCCGGUUAUCAGCAGUUGGUUGUAUCGGAUGGCGAUUCAUCCCAAGAAAUGGAAGAAGAGACUGACGGUUUCGAGCAAGAAGAUUUUGACGACGAUUCUCAAAGUGAUGAAUCGGAUGAAUACAUCUCGAUGUAUCCUGAAUUCGGCAUCUUGGAAGACUACACUGCAAUGGCUGUGACUCCACAGUAUAUCGAGCUGGUUGUCGCCGGACAGACGCAUCGUUUUGCACAUGGACCUCUGGUUCCUCCUCCUGGUGCUGGUGCUCAAAAGGACAAAUGGACGCCCAUCAUCAUCCCAGGCGUGAUGCUACAGGACUUAACCGGACCCCGGGGAAACCAACAAUACGUGAAUCUCUUCCCGGGUCGACCUGUAUAUUCACUUCGGAAGUCGCAAAUCGCUCCACAAGGGCCACGCCGUCUUCCGGAACUUCCGCCAAGAAAGAUGGGAAGAGUCCUUGUCAAGGGGCUGAUCUUGGAGCGUGAUACUCUGGUCGCUGGCAAGCAAGUCGACUUGUAUAUGGAGUUUGAAGAUUCGAAUCGUCAGCAAGAACCUCUACAGGGUCUCCGGACUUCUGAGCUAUCG